UAAAUGCUUCGUCAGAGUGAACUUUGGAAGGUCGUCGAGAUAUAUAUAUAUAUUUUGUUCUGUGAACCCUGCGUUUCUAUCUGCAUAUGAUCUUUGCUGUUUGUACAAAAUGAACGUGUUUCUGGGAGCCUUUUUGCCUGCAGUGGUGGUUAUUUUAUUUUUAUUAUGGAGGAGUCGUGGGAAAGAGCGUCGGAUGAUUUUAGAGAGGCUUCCUCCAGGUCCCUCUCCAGCUCCAGUGCUCGGUAACGUUCUUCAGCUGCGUGUUAAGGAACCCUAUAAAUAUUACAUUGAGCUGAGUAAAAAGUACGGCUCUAUUUUCACCAUCUGGUUACUCGACACUCCAGUUGUGGUGAUCUCCGGCUAUCAAGCUUUGAAGGACUCCAUGAUUGGCCUGGGUGACGAAUUCAGUGGCAGAUCAGACUAUCCCCUAUUAAGGAAGGUCACCAGUGGAUAUGGUCUUUUGAUCAGCAGCGGUGACAGAUGGAAGCAACUGCGCAGGUUCAGUAUCACAACAAUGAAGAACUUUGGAAUGGGUCGCCGAAGCAUUGAGGACAAGGUGAAGGAAGAAGCCAGCUGUCUGAAACAAGCUUUCAGCACAUUUGGAGACUCUGCUUUCAAUCCUAAAGACCUGUUAACUGAAGCAGUGUCCAAAGUGAUCUGCUCAGUUAUGUACGGCCAAAAACUUCAGUCUGGUGAUCCACAGUUACAGCUUUUGUUAAGAGCUAUUAACGCCUACUUCGGCGUCCUAAGCAGUCCUCUUGGACAGCUUUAUAAUAUAUUCCCCGGAAUCUUUGGCCUCUUCUCUGGACAGCUCCAUGAUGUCUUUGCAAUUGUGGAGGAGGCCAAAGCUUCUUUAAAAAUUGAAGUAGAGGCACGGAUGAAGACACUUGAUCCUUCUUCACUACCACGGGACUUCAUUGAGGCCUUCCUUAUACAAAUGGAGGAGGAGAAACACAAUCCCAAUACAGAAUUUAACCUUAACAAUCUGCUUUGCACACUGUGGAACCUGCUUAGUGCUGGCAGUGAAACAACUUCUACCCUCAGACACAGCCUGCUGCUCAUGAUGAAGCAUCCAGACGUCCAAGCACGAGUCCAGAAGGAGAUUGAUGAGGUGGUGGGGUCAGACCGGUGCCCCUCCAUUGAUGAUAGACAGAACAUGCCAUACACAGACGCAGUCAUCCACGAGAUUCAGCGCAGUAUGGACAUCACCCCAACUGCUGUUCCCCAUAAAACGCUCUGUGACACUGAAUUUAACAACUACUUAAUUCCCAAGGGAACCACGGUCCUUCCUUUGCUAUCUUCUGUGCUGUCUGACCCUGAACUAUGGAAGAACCCAGAUAAUUUUGACCCAGAGAACUUUUUGGAUGAAAACGGACGAUUCAAGAGGAAUGAAGCAUUUGUUGUGUUUGGAAUGGGAAAGCGGGCUUGUUUGGGUGAGGCUCUGGCCCGAGUGGAGCUCUUUAUCUUCUUCACUUCCCUCCUCCAGCAGUUCACCUUCAAGGCCACUCAACCGCCCGAAGAGAUUGACAUCACUCCUACCAUCUGCAGCUUUGGUCGUGUUCCUCGCUCCUAUGAGUGCUACGCAGUGAGCAGGGCAUAGGUAGCAAUAGCUGUCAAUGUCAGUCCAUUUGCAACAAUCAAUUUAAAAGAUUUUCAAUGGCUUAAAAGUGAUUUUGUACCAGAACAAUUGCUUAGUAGUCUAGUUUUGAAAGAGCCUAACAAUUUAAUUUUUUCUCCUUUAUCCCUUAUGCAAGCUAUUAAGAAAAACUCUGUUACUCUCUGUCUUGUCUAACACCAAAGCACAAAACAAACUAAUUGUUUUCAACCUGUGAAUUUCUAGGAUUAUGAUGUCAUAAGAUUGUUGCAUUUUUAAUGGAUUAAUUUGAUUUUUGAUUUUUGCACUAAAUUAAACAUCCUGAAAAAUAAGCAUA